AUGGUCGGCGCGUACACCCUCCCAGAGCUCCGCAUUCAGCUCAAGAUCUUCCGAUUGCGGCUCGGGGCGAACGAGCGAGAAGAUGCGGACAAAAUCUUCUACGACGACCUCCCGGACAGUUGGAAUGUGCUAAGACUGGGUGCGCUUGAGGAUACGCUGAAGAUGAUCCUGGACGGGCAUCUGACAUGGGCGGGUAUCCAAGAGCUCUUCGAGCGGGAAGCAAUGACGGGCGAAUGGGUCACGUCCAUCGGGAACCUCGGUCUGAACUACUGGUUGCCGUCCCUCGUAAAUGCGGCCGUGGGUUGGGUGACCCGUGGGCCGACCGAGCAGCGGACCUUCCAGCAGUGGAUCCAAGACCACAACAUUCCGUGGCGGACCGUUGUCGGACGCAAGCCGUCCGAGACGAACUGGAAGAUUAUUCGGAAGCUCUUGCUAUAUCUACAGGCGUGCACUAACCGGAGUACUAGGCGGCAGGCGUCUGGUCUGGCGUGGACAGCCAUUCAGUACCGCGACCUCGAGCCCGAAGCGGACGGCAAUCCCGCGGACAACGAGCCUGAAGAGACGCGCGGCAUGGACUUUGUCUUCGAGCGGUUGACGGAGAGCUCUAAACAGGUCAUCGAGAUUAGCGACUCGAGCGACGAUGACAACGCGGAAGCCGACAGUGACGGUGAAUCUGAGAGCUCGACUUGA